AUGGGACAGGACAAUUGCAAACCCCAGCCCGGAGACCUGAUCGAGAUCGACCGGCCGCUUUACCAGCACUGGGCCCUCUACGUGGGGGAUGGAUAUGUCAUUCAUCUGACAGAUGAAGGAGCCUCGUCCAUUUCGCUCAGCAGCUCUUCAAUACGUGCCACAAGAGCCAAGGUGAAGAAGCAGCUCCUGAAGGAUGUGGUGAAAAAUCAUAAGUGGCGUGUAAACAACAAGUAUGACCGGUACCGCACUGCUUUUCCUGUGGAGGAGAUCAUCCAGCGUGCCGAGGAAUGGAUCGGCAAGGAGGUGCCAUACAAUGUGCUUAACAGCAACUGUGAGCACUUUGUGACCGAGCUCCGCUAUGGAGAAGGAGUCUCUCGCCAGGUUGAAAAAGCAGCUGCUGGGGGUCUUGCAGCAGCAGUAGGAAGUGUCGUUCUUGCUGGUGCAGCUCUUGUUGGGAUGGCAUUGUCCGAGGGCGCAUCCAGGAGAUAG